AUGCUACGGAGCUGCGGACGAGCUGGAAAACCACUACGACGGCUCGCCGCCGUCCAGACAAGAGGCUACCGAGAUCCCUACCACGUGUCCUGGCACUUCAACUUCAAGCCCGAGGCCGUGGAGCCUCCGACGGGUCACCGGCUAACCGACAAUCUCAGCAUUGCGCUCAACAAGCGGAACAAGAAGGAGAAUGGCACCGGAGCUCUCAAACUUGCGCUGGAGAUCUGCGAGACCAGCGGACCCGAGGCCAUCACACCCAUUCUGUACGGCCAAUUGCUGGAGAAUGUGUACGAGGAGGUGAGAGGUAUUCCCAUUUCCAAGCUACGAACAUACAACACUGCCCGUCUGCAGGUGCUGGAGAGUCUGUCGCACUUUGUGCCUGGCCUCAACGCCCGUCAUUACACAUAUCUCAUCAAGCUGGCUCACCUGACGCGACGCCCAAAGCAGGUACAGGACGCAUGGGAGCAGGCCAUGCUCAACGAGUGCGACAAGACAUCUGCUCUGUACAACGCGUACCUCAAGGCUCGAACCGAUGCCUCCCCCCGGCUCCGAGGUAACAGUGACAUGCCCGAUCUGGCAGGUGCCAAGUUCUGGGCGACCAACAAGGACGUGUCCGAUUCUAGAGCUCAUGCGCUUGAUCCCAUCGAAUUCAUGAACGAGAUGCGAGACCGGGGUAUCGAGCCCACUCGAAUCACAUACGCCAUUGCUCUCAACCACUAUGGUCAGCAGAACAACUUACCUAUGGCGGUGAGCAUCUGUGAGAACCUGUGGGGAGUGGGAUUCAACAGUGGAAAGUUGGAGGGACCUCGAGUACCCCACACUUCGAUAAUGCACCCGACUCCAUUCACUCUCAUCUCUAUCAUUGACGCAUUCGGUCUGAAUGACCGUCUAGUCGAAGGAAAGGCAUAUUGUGAAACUAUUGCUGAUAUCUACGGCAUUCGACUUGACAGUCAGUUGGCUCAGGGAUACUGGACCCAUCUAAUGAGACAUGCUCUGUACACUGGUAUCCCUCACGGACAAAGCUCAAAGGAAAUGUGCAACUCUGUGUGGUCCAAUAUUGUUGAGUUCGACUACCCUCCUUCUCCCGCGCAGUAUUCUCUUCGAAUCAGAGACUUGCUCGCCAGAGACCGUCUUGAAGACCUCCAAACUCUGAUGCACUACGCUCUGAGCGUGGAUAAGGUUGGAGAAAUGGCGGCCGUUGUCUCCACAUAUAUUGGUCUUCUCCUGAGACGAUACACAACCACAGGCAACUUCCCCAAGGCCAUUGAGGUGGCUAGAACGUUCCAGGAGCACACUCAGAUGCAGGAAUUUAUCAGCACCAAGAUUCACGAGCUUGAACAGCAGUACAAGAUGGCUGGAAAUGUGCCUGUUGGUGGAGAGGAGGGUAACGAGCUGGACAUUUUGGACAGUGCGUUGGUGCAGGAGUUGAAGUACAUUCCUGAAGAUGAGGAAGACGAGGAGAACUUUUUGCAGUUGUAG